UUGCCUUAUCUUGGCUUCCUUGAUUUACUACCACUUCAUCGCGAUGUUUGCCUGGAUGGCCAUAGAGGGUGUACAUCUUUAUUUAUUAACCUUUGUAGUAUGGAACGCCGAGAAGCGAAAAAUCAAGUGGUAUAUGGCAUGCGGAUGGGGCAUACCAUUUCUAUUCGUCGCUAUGAUGCUUGCCUACAACUUCAUACGACAUGAAAGAUAUGAACAAGGGAUUGAUUUCCAAAACUAUUGUUUCCUGAGCAUGGAAGACAGAAGUCUCCUCAUGUUCGUCGUCCCAGUCGCUGUUGUGAUCGUUUUCAAUAUCUUCGUAACAAUACGUGUUGUUUGUCAAAUCGUCAAGAUGUCGGACGGUCCCACAAUGCAAGGCGACAUUAAGAAAAGAGCUAAAUACGGCGUGAAGGCCAUGAUUGUUCUUCUUCCAAUAAUGGGAUUGACCUGGGUCGUAGGCUUCUUAGCGGUCAAUAGGGCAAAGGUCAUCUUUCUGUACGCCUUCAUCGUUCUCAAUUGUCUGCAGGGCGUCUUCAUAUUCUUCAUUCAUUUCUUCAGAAACACGGAGGUUCGCAAAGCAUUUAGGAGACAACUGGACAAAUGGGCCGUUAGUCAGUCUUUUAAGGGAGACUCUUCGAGUAGUAGGAACGGCCGAAAGUCCUCAUCCUCGGGUGGGGAAAAGAAUCUUGCGGCUUUCCGAUCGCCCAACCAAACCGUAACAUUGUCCAACAUGUCGAGCACCAGGGCCCACAACCUGUAGAUGAAUUUGAAAACGCUUCACCUGUAUAUUGCCAAGGCAGGGGAGCUCCUUUGCAUGGUCAUUGAAUAUCUUGAAUUUAUUUUAAGAAAAAAAUAUGGAAGAAACACCCUUGUUUUUAAUCUUUGUUCACUUUUCUUACUCUCCCAUGAGUGGCUCAGUGUUGCUAGUUGCUAAUAAUGGCAUUUGAAGGGGCGUUAUGACCCUAGAUUUGGGCUGAAUGAUAGUGAAAGACAAAAGUUUCAUCACUGCGAAAUGAUGAUUGAUGGCCAAACUACUCUACAUCACGUGACCGACUUUUGACCAAUCAUAAAGCAAGAUUCUUCGUAUGCUGAAUAUAAUUGCUAAGUUCUCGCAUUUGAAGGGGCGAUAUGACCCUAUAUGAGUGAUCAGUGAAACACUAAAAUUCCAUCACCGCGAGUGAUGAUUAAAGACCAAACUACCCUUUAUCACGUAACUGACAUUUGACCAAUCAUAUAACAAAAUUCUUAGUAUGCAGAAUCAUUGUUAAUGAUAGCAUUUAAAGGGUGGUGAUAUUUACUUUGAUGAUUAUUUUCAUCAAUACGGAUGGGUCAUUAUGAUUGUAUAUAUUCCUGGAUAGUACAGUACUUUAAGCUUCUCGGAAUACAAUAAAAAAUAAUGAUGUUUAUGCAAUUGUUGGUAUCUAAGUGUGUGGUUCUGACCCUCGCCUUGUAAACAGAGAGUCGUUUGCUUGAAUCCCACCGCGGUCUGGCGUCCUUUGGCAAGGCGUUAAUCAACACUUUGCCACUCUCGACCCAGGUGCUAAAUGGGUACCCGGUAGGAUGUGGAAGUCAUUGUAGCUUGACCAGUACCGUGUGCGCCUCACCGACAACUGACUGGAGUACUCCCCAGGGAGUGGAGGGUGUGCACACAUGACAUUGUGUGCGGGAAUGACUGAUUGAAUCCAAUGACCGGGGUAAUAAUAUAUCUGUUAAGCGCAUAGACAUGUCGUUCUGGUGUAUUAAGCGCUAUAUGAAAGCGGAUUAUUAUUAUAUGGAGACACUAUAGUACACUCUUAAAAAUGUUGGGCAACAUACGGUCCACACAACAAUUGGUUAAAACUUUAUCCAAUUCUGGGUAGUUUUACACCAAUAAUGUGUGCUUUGGGUGAAAACUACACAGUAUUGGUGUAAAACUACCCAGAAUUGGAUAAAGUUUUAACCAAUUGUUGUGUGGAGAUAAUAUUUUCCAUGAAAAUUCAUCAAGCAGAAAAUGUAAGAUUCAUUGACGUACAGUAUGUGUCCUUAACAUAGGGCAAUUUCAUGAUUCAUUUUAAUUCACAGUAUGAACUUUACUUGCGUUACGAAAAUAUUAGUCGUUUGUCUAUUUCUCCUUUGUAUUAUUUCAAAGAUGAGCUCCUCGUUACCGUUGCUGUGUAAUUUAACGCUCUGCAUAUAAACGACGAUCAAAUUGCAAUUCGUAUUUUGUAUUUAUCAAGUUUGAUUGGCCUAUUGGGUUGUGAAAUAACGUUACAAUUUUAUGUUUUAGGAAGGACUCAUAUAGGCCUACAGGGGGUCGGAUGUACAUAAUUUAAGAAUUGCCAAAUGCUUAAAUCAAAUUUAGUCAUGUUUUAUGAAUAUUAGUUAUUUAUUUCUAUGGUUUUUUCUGUAUCGUAUGGUAAGUGCAAUUGUUUUUUUUUUCUUUUUCACCGUCCUAUUAUAUAUUGUCGUUAUCUUUAGUGUUUUGUAAAAACAACGAAACAAUCUGUUUAAGUUAGUAAUUUCCAAUAAUCCGAUCUGCAGUGUAAGAAGUCUUAAUAUUUCUUUGGCGUAUGUAACCUAUACUGUAAAAAAAUAAAAAUAAAAAAUAAUGAUAAUCUUACCAGAA